AUGGCUUCCGAACAAUUGCGCGUUCUCAUCGUCGGCAAUGGCGGCCGUGAGCACGCUUUCGCCUGGAAGCUGAGCGAGUCCCCGCUGGUCGACAUCAUCUACGUCGCUCCUGGAAACGGCGGCACUGGUCUGGGUGCCAACAGCAAGAUCACCAACGCCAAUGUCAAGGGUGAUGACUACCCUGGCCUCGUGGCCUUCGCCCAGAAGAACGGUGUGAACCUCGUGGUUCCCGGCCCCGAGGCCCCUCUGGUGGAUGGUAUCCAGGGCUACUUCCAGGCUGUCGGUAUCCGCUGCUUCGGUCCCUCCAAGGCCGCCGCUCGCAUGGAGGGCUCCAAGACCUUCUCCAAAGACUUCAUGCAGCGCCACCAGAUCCCUACCGCUCAGUUUGGUAACUUCUCCGACUACGAGUCCGCACGCCGUUACCUCGACUCCGUGUCCCACAAUGUGGUCAUUAAGGCCGAUGGUCUGGCCGGUGGUAAGGGUGUGAUCAUCCCCACCACCAAGGAGGAGGCCCACCAGGCUCUGAAGGAGAUGAUGCUGGACCACCAGUUCGGCAAGGCUGGCGACGAGGUUGUCAUUGAAGAGUACUUGGAGGCCCAGGACCACAAGCGCAUCUUCGAUGGUGACCAGGGUCCCAACACUGGUGGUAUGGGCUGCUAUGCUCCUACUCGCAUUGCCCCCAAGGAGGUUAUGGAGGAGAUUGACCGGACCAUUGUCCAGCCUUCCGUUGACGGAAUGCGCAAGGAUGGCUUCCCCUUCGUCGGUAUCCUGUUCACCGGUCUUAUGAUGACCAAGAACGGACCCAAGGUCCUCGAGUACAACGUCCGUGGUGGUGACCCCGAGACCCAGACCCUGCUCCCCCUGCUGAGCAAGGACACCGAUCUGGCCCAGAUCAUGGUCGCCUGUGCUGAGCACUGGCUCGACGGUGUCUCGAUCAAGGUCGAGCCCAACUUCUCCACCACAGUCAUCGGCGUGGCCGGCGGCUACCCCAACGCCUACGCCAAGGGCAAGAAGAUCACUCUGGCCCCCGAGCCUGAGGGAACCCUCAUCUUCCACGCCGGCACCACCAUCUCCAACGGCGAGCUCCAAACCAACGGUGGCCGUGUGAUCGCCUCAACCGCCACAGCCUCCACCCUCGAAGAGGCCGUUGCCAAGUCCUACGAGGGCAUCAAAACCAUCAGCUUCGAAGACAUGUUCUACCGCAAGGACAUUGCCCACCGGGCCUUCCGCCAAACAGCUAACAACUCCCUCACCUACGCCGCAGCAGGUGUCUCCAUCGACGCCGGCAACGAGCUCGUCAACCGCAUCAAGGCCUCCGUCUCCCGCACUAAGCGCCCAGGCACCGACGCCGUCAUCGGCGGUUUCGGCGGCCUCUUCUCCCUCCCCGCCGCAAACUCCGCCUACCACCCUCUCUCGCCGACGCUGAUCGGCGCCAUUGACGGCGUCGGCACCAAGCUCAAGAUCGCCCACUCAGUCGGCAUCCACGACACAGUCGGCAUCGACCUCGUCGCCAUGAACGUCAACGACCUCGUCGUCCAAGGCGCCGAGCCCCUCUUCUUCCUGGACUGCUACUCCUGCGGCCACCUCGACGUCCCAACAGCAACUGCCUUCGUCACCGGUGUUGCUGAAGGCUGCGUCCAAGCCGGCUGCGCCCUAAUCGGCGGCGAAACCGCCGAAAUGCCCGGCCUCUUCGUCGACGACUCCUACGACGCAGUCGGUGCCGCCGUCGGCGCCAUCAACACCGUCGGCGACAACGCCCGCAAAAUCCUCCCACACACGGACUCCAUGCGCUCAGGCGAUGUCCUGCUCGCGCUCGCCUCGUCAGGCCCACACUCGAACGGAUACUCUCUCGUGCGGAAGAUCGUCGACCGUGCCGGUCUCCAGUUCACCGAUGCUGCCCCCUUCUCCAUGCCCGGUCUCGAGGAUGGAGUUUCGCUCGGCCGGGCCUUGCUCACCCCUACCCGGAUUUACGUCAAGUCCAUCCUGGCCGCACUGUCCGCUCACGGCACCGCCAUUAAGGGUCUUGCCCAUAUCACCGGUGGCGGUUUGACGGAGAACAUCCCGCGCAUGUUGCCUUCUACGCUUACUGCGGCUGUUGAUGUCAGUGCUUGGGCUCAGCCUUCUGUUUUCCAGUGGCUUCAGCGUGCUGGUAACGUUUCUUCUGAGGAGAUGGCUCGUGCCUUCAACUGUGGUGUUGGUAUGAUUAUUGCCGUUGACCCGUCUGAGGAGGCUGCUAUCCGGGCUACCUUUGAGAAGGCUGGUGAGACUGUUUACCGGGUUGGUGAGCUGCGUGCUCGUGCUGAGGGCGAGGAGGGAACUGUCCUGUCUGGACUUGAGUCUUGGUCUGCUUAG